AUGGCUAUAUUUAAAAAGAAAUAUGAUGAAUUUACUCAAUAUGAUGAACAAAAAAAAUUAUUUUAUAUAGCAAGAGCUCAUUGGAUUCAAUUAUUUAAAGUUAAUAUGCAGCAUACAAUAAUUGCUCAAACAUUUUUAAAUAUAAUUGAUGAACAUCCACAUUUAAAACCUUAUUGGAUAUUUAUGAGAACAUCAAAACCAUUUGAAACAAUAAAAGUAAAUAAUGUUGAAGAUGAUACAGAAUCAUUAGAUGAAGAUGUUAAACAAGUUAUAAGUUCAGGUGUUCUUCAAGACAGUUCAACAUAUAUAACAGCAAACUUAAAAAUUAAUAAUGAACAUAAAUUUAAUAAUCAUAUAUCUACAGUUCAAGCAGCUAUAACUAUAAUGAUGGAUAAUGUUGAUGAUUAUAAAUCUUUAAUUAAAGUAAUAAGAGAAUUUGGUUCAUAUCAUUUUUUUUAUGAAGCAUUUGAACCACAUUUUGAAUUAUUUCAUACUUAUUUUAUGAUUACAGCUAAAAAACUUUUAGUUAAUACAACAGAAGAAAUUGAUAAAAAAAUAGAAGAAUCAUGGAAUGCAUUAUUUGAAGAAUUAAAAGAAAAUAUGUCAUAUGGAGUUGCUUUACAAAGACAUACCUAUCUUAAAACAGCAAUCACAAUAGAUGAUAUGUUAACGAUAACAAAUGAUUGGGAAAAGAUUGAAAUGUAUGGUCUUGAUAAGAUAGGUGAUCUUAUCUAUAAUAGAAUGAAAUUUAAAUAUAUAGUGAUACUUAAAAAUAUGGAUAUAGAAUUACCAACUGAUAUGGAAGAAGAAUAUAAAAAGAUUAAAGAAAUAUCUCAUCAACUUAUUUAUGGUCUUCAAAUAGCAAUACAACAUUACUCUUUUGCAGAUGGUUUUGCUAGUUUACCAGAAUUAUUAACUGAUUUUACUUUUAAUCAUGCUUUAAUUACAAUAUGUCCUAUGGUAUUUAGAAAAGCUUUUAAUAAUGCUUUGAUAUAUGCAUUAACAAUUAUUAUGGGAGACAAUAAUAUGAAAGAAUGUAAAAUACAUGUAUGGGGAAAAUUAUAUAGAAUUUUAGAACAGGCAAUUAUGACAAAUGUUGCUAGAAUGUAG